AUGUGUAUAUUACAGAGCGACCUAUACAUGUUCGAUGUGUGUACCGGUGAAUGGUCGCUAGUAUGCGCGGACACGGCGGCGGCGGGCGGACCGCGGCUCGUGUUCGACCACCAGAUGUGUAUAGAUCCCGACACUCAAACAAUAUACGUGUUCGGGGGACGAGUGUUGCCAGCUAACACGGAAGAGGUAGCGAGCCCUCAAUACUCUGGUUUGUACGCGUACUACAUAGAGACUAACACGUGGCAGCAACUGUUGGAAGAUCAGUACAAUGGACCUGCGCCUGCUCCUCUACCGCGGGUCUCACACUCUAUGCUCUUCCAUCCGCUUCAAAGGAGGCUGUAUAUAUUCGCUGGGCAACGCAACAAGGAGCACCUGGUGGACUUGUGGUGGUGGGACGUGGGCACCGGCGAGAGGAAGGCCAUGUGCUCGGGGGGCGGGGCCGAUGGCACUGGGGGAGGGGGGCCGCCCCCCGCCGCCGGGUUCACGCAGCGCGCCACGCUAGACCCGGACACUGAUGAAAUGUUCGUGCUCUCUGUGAGUACAUUCUAUUUAUUUCUUACUACCCUAUUUUAA